ACAACAUGUGUUUUGGCUCGGAAGCGCUGAAGCAGGACCACUCCAAUCGAACUGGUGGAGGCAAGAGCCAAUCGGAAGUGUACGGUGGCAUCAUCGACAUGAUUGAAUGCAUCACUGUAGUUACAAACCCAUAAUCUCCCUCCCCCAGAAACUACCGACAGGAAAUACACUGAAACCACCAUGACGACGGAAAUUUUGGACGUGAUUGUAAUCGGCGCAGGAGCUGCAGGACUAACCGCAGCCUACGACAUUCACCAUGAUACCAGCUUCACCUACAAGAUUCUGGAAGCAUCAGACGUCAUUGGAGGGCGUCUGCAAAAGCUCGAAGGCUUUGCUGAUUUUCCAAUCGAUAUUGGUGGCGAAUGGAUUCAUGUACCUCCCAGCAUCUUGGAUGAGAUUUACAAUGACCCCAACGAGAAUCCAACAGACACCAUUGAGACAGUGCAAUAUAUACAAACCUACGAGGAAUGGGAGGACGAAGAAUGGAAUACAUAUGACUUGUGGAACACCGAUUACAAGUUCAAAAAUUACACUUGGUUUGACUUUUUCAAUGAUUGGAUGGCACCCGGAUUGGAUGUCGAGCUCAACUGUACCGUUGAUGCCAUUGAUUGGUCCUCCACUCCUGUGCAACUGAGUUGCGAAAAUGGAAAACAAUGGGCUGCCAAGCAUGUCAUUGUCACAUCCUCUGUCAAAGUGCUCCAAGAUCACGAUCUUGGCUUUUCUCCAUCGUUGCCACAAGACACACAGGAAGCAAUCGAUGAGCACUACAUGCUGCCUGGGUUAAAGGUAUUCAUGAAAUUCCAACGGCGGUUCUACAAGGAGGCAUUUACCUUUGUGGAAGACCAUGAGGACAAUGAGAUCCCUGAAAGUGACAAGUACUACUACGCUGCUACUUUUGGGCAAGAUUCAAAUGACAAUGUUCUAGGCAUGUUUGCGGCUGGAGAACCUGCCGAAUUCUUUAUCGGAAUGACGGACAACCAAAUCAUUGGCAACCUCUUGGAACAGUUGGAUGAUGCCUAUGAUGGUGCAGCCUCCAACAACUUUAUUGAAGGCUUUGUCCAAGAUUGGACCAAUUCGACGUUUGUCAAGGGGGUCUACACAUAUCUCAAUGAUGAUUGGGAUUCUCUUGGAUCAAUCCCAACAAUGCGCCAACCAUUGAAGGAUCGUGUCUUCCUGGCUGGAGAGGCAGUGCCAGCUGACAACUAUGAGUGGGGCUUUGCCCAUGAGGCUGCCUUGUCGGGACGUUUUGCUGCAGAGAGAGUUGUUGAGCUUCUUGAUGAUUGAGAGGGCACAUAAUGAUGCUUGUACCAGAGGUACCUUACUGUCGAACUGCAAUUUUCGUACCGUAGGAUGCUAUUGCGAGGAACUACGGUACUACUGGUGCCAGUAGCUAGAAAACAAGAUAAUGUGCUGUAAUGGCGCUUUCAGUAACCUGCUGUAGUUGUUCC